UGUUCGCAGUCAGUCCUGAGCCACUCGGUGCUUCAACUUUAAAAAGGCUAAAAUCUAGCCACUAAAUCGCAACUAUAUUAACAAACUUAAUAGAGCGCGGACUUAUGGUAUUGUAUACAGUGUUUAUGUUAGUUUUUUUAAUUAGUUAUUCCAAACAAAUAAAAUGGUCACUCAACGUAGUACACCUAUCUUUCACACAAACGAAACACCGUGGUAUCAAUUAAUAACAGUGGAGCCUGUUAUGUUCUUGUAUAUGAUGGCAUACAUGAUAACCAGUGUGCCGGAGCAGACAUUUUACCUCUUCCGAACAUGCACUGUAAAUCAUGGAUACAGUGAAGAGAUCUGUUACAACAUAAGUAGCUAUGAUGAAAUCAAUAAAGAAGUACAGGUCACAGCAUCAACAUUCUUCCAGUGGAAUGGCAUCGCUAACCACGCCGUGCCGAUCGUACUUGCCUUUUUUAUCGGUGCCUACAGCGACAAGCGCGGGAGAAAGAUAAUACUACUUGCGGGGCUCUUGGGAAAACUGUACUUCUCCUUCAUGAUGACCAUCAUUGCUAUGAACCCAUGGCCUGUGGAAUACGUUAUAUAUUUGGCUGCGUUACCAAGCGCACUCACCGGCUCCGACUUGGCUAUAUUCACUGGGUGCUUCGCCUACUUGGCAGAUGUGUCCUCGCUGAAGAAUCGAACAUUGAGGGUUGGUAUAUUGGACGUGGUAUAUCUCAGUACUAUGCCAACUGGAAUUGCAAUUGGUGAUUUAAUAUACAAGAGGCUUGUAGACAGAUCGUUCACAGCUAUGUUCGCUAUCAACACUUCGCUAAUGGUAUUAGCAACACUGUAUUGCGUUUUAACUCUAAAGUGGCAAAGUCGCGCGGAACAAGUCUCGAUGAGAGACGCGGGUGUCCGGAACCCGAUAAAGGACUUCUUCGACUUGAAUAAUAUUAAACAGAGCGUGACCACAUUGACAAAGAAACGCUCCCACAAUCGGAGGAUGUUUCUGUGGUUCUUGCUUAUAUCUACAGCGUUUUAUACAUUCCAAAGAGAUGAAAAACCAUUUCUACAUAUGUACACGUUGAAAGUAUUUCAAUGGGAUUCAACAACGUACAGCAAUUUCAGAACAUAUCUUAGCGCUUCAUAUGUUAUAUUGACAUUGUUUGGAAUUCCAUUAAUGAAUAAAGUCUUACAUUGGAAGGAUACAGUCAUCGUGAUGCUAGGAGCGGCGGCCCACAUGUGUGGUCACUUCAUCUACGCUCAGGCAACGGAGGGUAGCACGAUGUUCGUUGGAGCGACGGCUGCGGCCCUCGGGCCCUGCGUCGUAUCGCUCAUCCGCUCUAUGACAUCCAAACUCUUGGCGCCUUCUGAAAGAGGUGUGGCGUUUGCUUUUCUGCUGGUGAUGGAGAAUGUAGUAGGAAUGUUCGCAAGUGUUAUUUACACCCAAGUGUACAAGGCGACAAUCGAUACGGACUAUAUCAACUCUAUAUUCUACCUUACCAUGUCCACGCAGGCUGUGGUCUUCACAUUGGCUUUUAUAAUGGAGAUAUUGCUGAAGGGCCGCCCACUAGAUUCAGACCAGAAAGAAGACGAGCAGCGAAUAUCAGAUGAAUAAUGAUUAAUAUUUAAGAUACUUAAUAACUAACGUUCCAUUUCACUCUGUAAUUCUUUUUGUUCCAUUCCAUGUUGUCCUAGGAAAAUGUAACUAAACAAGAUUUACAUUCGUUGUUGAUAUUAUAUACAUUUUAUUUAUUUUUAUUUUCGACAAUGCAAGUCGAAUAUAUUUAAAUUGUUAUUUAUGCCACUGCUAAGUAAUGAGCGCUGUUUUAAGUUUUAACAUUGCUGGUAGCACGAUAUUCAGUACUUUUUCUAAGACCGUGAAAUCAAUAAAUUAAUAUCUAUUUAGGUGCGGGUGGAAGUUAAGAAUGGCGCACGAAUUUUGGCCGCUAUCUACCGCGCACGCGUAUUGUCAGAAUUCGCAUUGCGCAGGACAAUAUCAUUCACCAUGCGAUAGAGAUAUCUCAAUCACGACACGACACGACACUGUCUUGUCGAUUUUAAUAUAAAAAAAAGAUUACUUGCCGUUCACAUGAAACACCGAUGUUUGCACCACAGGCAGCGUUUGACAUUAGGAGACUGAGUACUUAGAAUUCCCUUUAGGUGGCUGGUGCUAUGUAUAUAUUAAAAUAAUGUAUAAGUAUAUAUGUAAUAUAUAAUAAACAGUUGUAGCCGAACAGCCGAAUAAUUAGAUGUAAGUAUAAUUUUAGUAACAAAUCGAAUAUUGACCUUAAGUGAAGUUUCCAUGCACGAGAUAUAAUCUCGACGAUAUUAUAACGGCGCCGCGUACUGUUGCAAGAAUUGUUGAAAAUCGUUUGAAUUGUUAUUUAACAUUAUAGAUGUUGUUGCAUUGAAAUUGUGACGGUAUCAACGCGAAACUAUGGUUUUAGUACGAUUUUUAGUACGAAUUUAACCAAUAUCCACCUUAGGUUGUAGGGUAAAACAUGUGAACAUUCGGGUGGUGGCUGAUGGUAUUGUGUAAGUAUGUUAUGUAUACCUUAUUUCUGGAUACCUUGUACAUCUUGACUAUAACGCUGUAUUUACUUCAGGGAGUAGAAUUGAAUUAAAUUUUUGGUUAAUCCAAUCUAUGCUGUCUGGCAUACAUCCUAUGGUGGCUCGUCUACAUAAUAAGAAUUAAUAUCUUGUCCUCUUUCGAAAUAUAUAUCAAUUAUUUUUAAAUUAGUAUUUAACUAUUUUUAAUUUAUAUAUAAAUAUUUUUAAGCAAAUCGAAAGGUCCAAUCGAAUUUUCUACCUCGACACAAAAAUUUUUACAAAUUUCUACCAUGCGUUACUAAGCUUAUAAUAAAUAAUAACUAGGAUUUUUUCAAAUUGUUAUGAUAUUAGUAAAGAUCAUUAAUCGUACGUGUGAUAUGAUCACUUACCAUUAGUUGAUUCUGAUACCAAAAGUUAAUCCUAGUUUAGAAAAAUGUCAAAAAGCGUCCGAGGCUUGUCAAAUCGAGCAUAUUGUCAUCAGAUGUGUAACAUAAUAAAUAUAAAAUAAACUCCACUAUGCAUAUA